CUCAGUCCCUUCCCCUUCCCCACCCCGCCCCGCCGGGAGAAGGCCCAACGUAGCCGCUCUGCCCGCUCGGCCGGCCGCCCUCGGCCAGCCGCCCCCAACGGCCGGCCGCGCGCGGCGCCGGGGCCCCUUGGCUCCUCCCCUCGGGCCCCUCCGCGCGCCCGGCGUGCCUUGCUCGCCGCCACCGGCCCUGCUGCACCUCACGGGCGCGCCGGGGGGCCGGCCCGCCAUGCCCCAGCCCCACGGGCCUAGGCGCGGCGGCCCGAGAUAGGGUCCCCUGAGCUCCCGGGGGAGGAGAGGGAGGGAGCCCGCGCUCCGCCCCCUGCCCCCGGGGUGUCGCCGCCGCCGCCGCCGCCGCCGCCUCGCCGGCUCAGCCUGGCGGGGAGGAGGAGCAGCAGGCCUCCGGGCCCGCAGGACAUUUCUGAUUCAUUUGCAUCCUUGAAGAGCAUCUGUAGAAGAGGAAGGAGAAGAUGGGUGUGAAAACAUUUACUCAUAGUUCCUCUUCCCACAGCCAGGAAAUGCUUGGAAAGCUAAAUAUGCUGCGAAAUGAUGGACACUUUUGUGAUGUCACUAUUCGUGUCCAGGACAAAAUCUUCCGGGCACAUAAGGUGGUACUAGCAGCUUGCAGUGAUUUCUUUCGCACCAAACUUGUGGGCCAAGCAGAGGAUGAGAACAAGAAUGUUUUGGAUCUACAUCAUGUCACAGUGACUGGCUUUAUACCCCUUUUAGAAUAUGCUUAUACAGCCACUCUGUCAAUUAACACAGAAAAUAUUAUUGAUGUUUUAGCCGCAGCCAGCUAUAUGCAAAUGUUUAGUGUUGCUAGUACCUGUUCCGAGUUCAUGAAAUCAAGCAUUUUAUGGAAUACUCCCAAUAGCCAACCAGAAAAGAGUCUAGAUGCUGGACAAGAAAAUAAUUCUAACUGCAAUUUUACUUCUCGAGAUGGAAGCAUUUCUCCUGUGUCUUCAGAGUGCAGUGUGGUAGAAAGAACCAUUCCUGUCUGCCGAGAAUCCCGGAGAAAGCGCAAAAGCUAUAUUGUUAUGUCUCCUGAAAGUCCUGUAAAGUGUAGCACACAAACAAGUUCGCCGCAGGUACUGAAUUCUGCAGCUUCCUACUCAGAAAACAGAAACCAACCAGUUGACUCUUCUUUAGCUUUUCCCUGGACUUUUCCUUUUGGAAUUGAUCGAAGGAUUCAGCCUGAGAAAGUUAAGCAGGCAGAAAACACCCGAACUUUAGAAUUACCUGGCCCAUCCGAGGCAGGUAGAAGAAUGACUGAUUAUGUGACUUGUGAGAGCACAAAAGCCACCUUGCCUUUGGGUGCUGAAGAAGAUGUCCAGGUCAAAGUAGAGAGGUUAAGUGACGAGGAGGUUCACGAGGAAGUAUCCCAGCCUGUCAGUGCAUCUCAGAGCUCGCUGAGCGAUCAGCAGACAGUGCCAGGAAGUGAGCAAGUCCAAGAGGACCUUCUGAUUAGUCCACAGUCUUCCUCUAUAGGCUCUGUAGAUGAAGGUGUUACUGAAGGAUUACCAACACUCCAGAGCACUUCUAGCACAAAUGCCCACGUGGAUGACGACGAUCGAUUGGAAAAUGUUCAGUAUCCCUACCAACUCUACAUUGCUCCUUCUACCAGCAGUACAGAACGACCAAGUCCAAAUGGUCCAGACAGACCUUUUCAGUGUCCAACCUGUGGGGUGCGAUUCACCCGUAUUCAGAACCUAAAACAGCACAUGCUCAUCCACUCAGGAAUUAAACCAUUUCAGUGUGACCGCUGUGGGAAAAAGUUCACCAGGGCUUACUCGCUAAAGAUGCACCGCCUAAAGCAUGAAGGUAAACGCUGUUUCCGGUGCCAGAUAUGUAGUGCCACUUUCACUUCCUUCGGGGAAUAUAAACACCACAUGAGGGUUUCCCGGCACAUUAUCCGCAAGCCUCGGAUUUACGAGUGCAAAACAUGUGGCGCCAUGUUCACCAACUCUGGGAAUUUAAUCGUGCACCUGAGGAGUCUGAACCAUGAAGCAUCAGAGCUAGCAAACUACUUCCAGAGCAGUGAUUUCCUAGUACCGGACUACUUAAACCAGGAGCAAGAAGAAACCCUUGUUCAGUAUGAUCUUGGAGACCACGGUUUUGAAAGCAACUCCUCUGUUCAAAUGCCUGUAAUUUCACAGGUCUCCUCCACCCAGAACUGCGAAAGCACUUUUCCCUUGGGGUCUCUCGAUGGGCUGGCAGAAAAGGAGGAAGAAGUGCCAGAGCAGCCAAUGACCAGUACUUGUUCUGAGGCAACCAGAGAUGACCCCCCAAAAUCAGAGCUGUCUUCUAUAACUAUUGAAUAAUUUUGUGAUUUGGCUUCAUUUUUUGGUUUUUGGAAAGUGCCUGUGCUUGGUCUUGUACAUUUAAUUUAAUUUUUUCAACAAAAAUAGAAUUUGGGAAGAAUUUCCCUUUUUACUUUGUAAACCCUACAACUGAUAUUUUUCAUAACUAAGAGAUUGUUUCUGUAAGUACACUAUAACAUAAUGUUGGAAUACGGUAGAAACUAUGAUACUUAAGAAAAAGCGGUUGACUUUACAACAUAUACCACUGUCUUUUUCCAUUGUUAGAAGUAGGGUAAUGAUAGACCAUUAUUUAAAGGAAAAUGAGAUGAUGAUUAACCUUCUGAGGUGAAAGGGUAUAUGAGAAACAAAUUACUGAACUGACAAAUGGCCUGAGUAGAUGUUUACUCCUACACACAGGAUGCUGCACAAUAUUUUGUAAAGCCUGAUGAUUUAGAAGUAUUUAUGGUAAGAUGUCUUUAAAAUUAUUAGGGUAAAUACUUCUGAAAUCCAGCAUACUCUUUUGUUAAAUCUUUGUCAUUUCUGUUGUAUUUUUUAUGGUGAAAGGUUGGUAAUAGGAUAGCUAAGGCAUUCCUUACACUCUUACAGUGUCACUCAAAUGGCAGAGAACCAUGCCUGAGCGUAGUCAAGCUGUGGAUGAAGUGGCCAGGACUGGAGGGUGAAGUAGGUAAAGCCCAGCUUCACAGGAACUAUUCUAUUUCUGCUUUGCUGACUAAAACUAAUACUCUUCUGGUGUUUGAAUGUUAUUGCCUGACUAAAUGGAUCACCAUCCAAAUCAGUUUUCCCCUUGCCCCAUCAUCAAUACUUUCCCUUACUAUACUGACUUGCUACCAUAUAAAGUAAAAAUAUUGGAGAUAUUCUAUAUUUUAUAUAUAGGCUUAUGUAUUGGCAGGGAUGUUUUUAAUGCAUUUUUUGAACAAGAUGAUUCUCUGUUGAGGCUACAUUCUUAACUAAGAUUGUUUACAAAAUCCCAUAUGACCGUGACAUAUUCUCCUUGUUCCAAAAUAUUUUUAGACAUUGCCAAGUUUGUUAAAAGCAGUUAUUAUAGUUUUUACAGAAUGUAAGCAAUAAUGUAAAAGAUAAGAAAAAGCUAUAAAAUGAAUAUCUAUGACUCAUCAUUCUGGG